AGAGCGAGAGGCUAGAGGUUCGCCUUCGCCUCUAUACAAACCGAGUGAGUUUCGGUGUUCAUACAAUACUUACCAGCCAGUUAUACCGUACCGUUGACGGAUUUUGGUUCUGUUGUGAGUUGGGUGUGUCGCUGAGUUAACGUACGAAUCUAUCAACAUGAGUGGACAACAGUACUACCCCUACAAGUGCACCCCUACCGUGUACCCAGCGGAGCCUUUUGACCCCGCUGCGGAUGCCGAGACCCUCCGUAAGGCCAUGAAAGGCCUUGGAACUGAUGAGAAGGCCAUCAUUGAUGUGUUGUGCAGGCGAGGAAUCGUCCAACGUUUGGAGAUCGCUGAGACUUUCAAGACCAACUAUGGCAAGGACUUAAUCAGUGAGCUCAAGAGCGAACUGACUGGCAACUUGGAGAAUGUGAUCGUGGCCUUGAUGACCCCCCUUCCCCAUUACUACGCCAAGGAACUGCACGACGCUGUCUCGGGACUCGGAACUGAUGAGGAGGCCAUCAUUGAGAUCCUCUGCACCCUUUCCAACUACGGAAUCCGUACCAUCUCAGCUUUCUACGAACAGCUGUACAACAAGAGCUUGGAAUCAGACCUUAAGGGUGACACAUCUGGUCACUUCAAGAGGCUCUGUGUGUCUCUGUGCAUGGCCAACCGUGAUGAGAACCAGGGCGUCGACGAGGGUGCCGCCAAGGCUGACGCGGAGGCGCUGGCGUCUGCCGGAGAAGGCCAGUGGGGAACUGACGAGUCUGUCUUCAACUCCAUCCUUAUCACACGCUCUUACCAACAACUUAGACAGAUCUUUGCUGAAUACGAAGCAUUGACUGGCAAGGACAUUGAGGAAACCAUCAAGAAGGAAUUCUCUGGAAGCAUCGAAAAGGGCAUGCUUGCUAUCGUAAAAUGCGUGAAGAGCAAAGUGGGCUUCUUCGCUGAACGCCUGUACUACUCGAUGAAGGGAUUGGGAACCAACGACAAGACCCUCAUCAGGAUUGUCGUGAGCCGUUCUGAAAUUGACCUUGGAGACAUCAAGCAGGCCUUCCUCGACAAAUAUGGAAAACCUCUUGAGAGCUGGAUCGCUGACGAUACGAAAGGCGACUACAAACGCGUGUUACUCACUCUAGUGUCAUAAGAAAACGCAUAAUACAACGCGAUGAAAUACUACCGGAUAAUUCCGUAAACUUGCUACUGCCUUACUUUGUAUAACUGUUGAGAUGUUUUAGAAAUUAAAGCUUGAAUAUUUUGUGAAAAUGAUAUAUUUAUUGGUGCUCUAGUUUUGUUUACAAUAUACACAAUAUUUACAUUAAUAAUUAAACU